AUGCACCAACCACGCCUAGCAGACCUCUUCGAAGAGUUCACUCGCCCGCACACAUCAACCGCCGCCAGCAACUCCCAAGCUCUCAAUCAACCAACCCAAGGCUCCAACGCCAUAACCUACGGCGCGUCCUCACCCGCGUCAAUCCCAUCUUUCCUCCCCAUUGAAGACAUCUACGUCGCUCCACAGUACCAGCCGCCGAACCCGGAAGACGAGGACGACGUCGUGCCGGAUCAGCAUGCUGCAUUUGGGAUCACGCGCGCGAUGGACCGGCGCAGGGAUGCUGUUUGGAGGGAUCUCGGUCUCGAGGCGCUGGUGAGUGGACAGGGACAUGGUGGGAGUGCUAUGGCUGUGGGGCCUAGUGUUGGGGCUGGAUCGGGCCCUGGGGCGACGCUUCGAGGGAGUGCCGGGGAGCGGCUUCAGCGGCGGCGCCGGCUGUUAGGGUUAAGAGUGCUGGGAGGAAGAUGGGUGGGAGGAGGGUUGUUUGUUUGCGGUGAGAUCGAUUGUUCUGAGUUUAAGGGUGGCAUUGGGUGA